CUUUGUUUAUUCAUUUGAUCCGAAUCAUUUUUGAUAACGUACAUUGUUUUUUUAUGACUAAAAUGAAUUUGGUCUAAAUCUUAGAACGAGUUACUGGUCCUCGGUGACCCUCCAGCUGAUCCAUCUCUCUUCUGUCGGUUUGUGCAUAUUGGUGAUCUUUACACCGUCAACACAAGAUCACCAUGGCAUACUGUGCAGAUGGAACCGAUACGCAGCAUCCUGAUAGACCACAAAAAUUCACGUGCAAGAAACAUGCUAACAAAAUUUUAAAUGCCAUGAACAGCAUCAGAAAGAAGAGGCACUUCUGUGACGGUUGCGUUGUCAUUGAUGGGAAAGAAAUUCCCAUUCAGAAGGGCGUCUUAGCUGCUGCAAGUCAUUACUUUAGGUUGGUGUUUGAUAAAGAAAAUGAUUGCAAGAGCUCUGUUAGUGGUAUGCCUGAUCCAGCAAUUCAAGGGGUGGAUCUGAGUUCCAGUGUGGUGGAUUUAUCUCCCCUACAAAUCACAGUAGACACAUUUGAAAUAAUCCUGAAUUAUUUAUAUACAUCAGAAAUUGUUUUGGAUGAGGAGAAUAUACAGAAUAUUCUGCAGGCUGCGGAUCUCCUGUUAUUAGCAGAGUUAAAACAAGCUUGUUGUGAGUACCUAUUGAAAUGCAUUACGCCACAGAACUGUCUGGGGAUCUGGGACUUCGCCUCAAGAUUCAACUGUUCCUGGGUUCGUCUGAAAACUACACAAUAUAUCGAAAACAACUUCAGGGAAUUGUGUCUGUAUGUAGAAUUUCUACAACUUCCCCUGGAUAUACUCAUCAGUCUUCUGUCUAUAGACACACUACAAGUCCGGUCAGAAGAAGACAUCUUACACAGCAUGAUACGAUGGAUUAAACACGACGAGGAGAAGAGAAUGUCUCAGCUGCCCGAUUUGAUAAAUAAAUGUCUGAGGGUUCAUCAACUCCAUGAGGAUACGCUGAAGAACUUGAAUCCCGAUAUCUGCAAUCUGCGGAUCACAGAAAUAAUUCAGGACAAAGUUCGGAGUGAGAGUGGACGUGUGGAGAGGAUGAGGGGGGUGACCAGUUUGUUGGUAUCAGCAGGGGGAGACACCAAAGUCAUGCAUAACCAUGACAGUGGGGUUAGAGGGGAUGUCCACUGCUUCCUUGUCCCUCCCAACUUCACCAAGCCUGGCGGUCAGUGGCUGCAGUUGUCUCCCAUGAAACAGUGUCGAUGUUCACACAGUGUGGUGGAAGCAGGAGGAUGUCUGUAUGCAGUUGGCGGGAAAGACACAGAGGACAGAAUUCUUGCAACAGGUGAAAAGUUUGACCCUCGACUCAACCAGUGGACCAUGAUCAGUCCGAUGAAUCAUGCGAGGUUUGGAUUUGGCCUGAUUGCUAUCGAUGAUAAUAUCUACGCCAUUGGAGGAAGCAAUGACAUCAGAGAACCCACCACAUCUCUAGAAGUCUACAAUAUAUUCAGCAAUCAAUGGAUGCCUUUACCAGACAUGAACCUAAAAAGGGUGUGGUCUGCAUAUGCAGUGGUUGGCAAGAAGAUUUACGUGAUUGCUGGUGGAAUGGUCGGGAAAUUGUACGAAUCGGUGGAAUGUUUUGACACAUGCACUAUGACCUGGGCAUCGGUGUGUCCAAUGAGGGAAAGGAGAUGUGAUGCCCGGGCUACUGCAUGUAAUGGAGAUAUUUUUGUGUUUGGCGGAUUCAGAAGGUAUGAAUGUCCCAGUGCAAUGCAUGGCGGAAACAACAUUAAAUUCUGUGGAACAGAAAUCUACAAUACUGAUCAGGACAGCUGGCAGCAGGUCCCCAGGCAGCAAGAGUUUCUGUGCACGAUGACUGACACGUCACAGAUAUUCUCCGUGGUUAAGAAUGAAGACGAGAUUUGGGUUAUUGGGGACCUGGACAUGGGUGGACGAUUCGAGUGCAUCCGAGCGUACAACGUCUCCUCCAGGGUGUGGAGAACCGUUUCCAUUACUGGUCCCCCAAACUGUCGGGGCUACCCCUGCUCCAUGCUGCACCUACCAAACCACAUUAUUGUUAACCUCCUGGUCAAAGACAGUUCCUGAACUGCGUCUACUCUUCAACAGAGUGGAGACAUAAUGGUUAUGCAAUCUUUAAUCAAGGUCGUGACCAAUGGCAUACUGCUUAUGCAAUUUUGAAUUUUAGAUAUGAUGUAGAUCAUAGCUUGUACUCGAGGAUAUAUGCACUGAUAUUAAAUUAAAAUCAUGCCAGCAAGUCAGAGAUCUACAAAAUACUGUUCUCCCAAUUCAUUUCUAGCUGCCUGUUUGGGGUGGUCAUGGAUCCUUGUAAUAUAUUGUGCCAUAUACAUGUAUAUAUUAAUGUACUGUGCAUUGUGUUUUUAUGUAAUUUAUUAUUAUUUAGAAUUACUUUUAAUAAUAAUAAUAAUAAAUUUAUCUUGUAAAGCGUAAAAUCCAUAUUGCUCUAAACGCUAUUAAUUAGAGCUUGAUUAACAGCUAGUUUUAGCAGCUUAACUUUGUAUACCAUUAUGAUGUAAGAAUUCUUAGCUAGGAUUUAAUUUUGACAUUAUUAGCGAGGGUGUUGAGAUCGCUAAAAUUGAAUAUCGCCAAGUUAACAAUUUAUUCCAUACUGGAAUAAUAGUUAUGUUCUUGGAAUUGUGUAAUGUUGCUAAAAUUAUCUCUCGCUAAAUAUUUAUACCCAUUUUUAUGGAAAGAUCGCUAAAUUUGUGUCUCGCUUAAAAUUUCACUUACACGGUAUGGAUAUCACUAUCAUCGUGUAAUACUGAAGUAAUUAUCAUAUGAAAAAUAAAAACAAACUUUUGUC